CCGAACACUCCCAAAAAUCAAAACCAAACCAAAUCAGCUUCUGUUUUCAUCACUCCUCACUCAACACUACAGCUACUAUCACUUUCCACUUACUAUGGAAACCUUCUUCAGCUGUGAUUAUGAUUUCUACCCAUGUUAUGCUUCCGACAAUUCCUCGACGUCCAUCAGCAGCACCCGUCUCACCAUCUCGGAUGAGGAAGUAUACUCCACCGUGGCAACUAGUGGCCCGAAGCGACGGGCCGGGCGGAAGAAGCUCCAUGAGACACGGCAUCCCGUCUAUAACGGCGUCAGGCGGAGGAAUGGGGGAAAAUGGGUAUGCGAGGUGCGCGAGCCAAACAAGAAGUCCCGUAUAUGGCUUGGGACAUUUCCGACGGCUGAGAUGGCCGCUCGGGCUCAUGACGUUGCUGCGAUGGCUCUCAGGGGACGAAGGGCAUGCCUCAAUUUCGCUGAUUCCGCAUGGCGUUUGCCUGUGCCAACGUCCAGCAGUGCUAAGGACAUAAAGAAGGCUGCUGCAGAGGCUGCGGAAGCUUUCCGGCCAUCUGAAUCUGACAAUGCUUCUAAUGAUGAUGUUGAUAUAAACCCGGCGAGUCUGACGCUCUCGCCCGAGAAUGUGGUAUACAUGGAUGAGGAGGCGGUCUUCAGCAUGCCAGGAUUGCUUGCAAGCAUGGCAGAGGGACUGCUGCUAUCUCCACCUCCAUUCCUUGGAGGUGGGUCCCAAUGGGAUGACGUGGAGAUUGAAUUUGACGUGUCAUUGUGGAGCUACUCAAUUUGAGUGCAGUCUUGUUGUUGUGUUCGUUUAGGACAAGGGCCCACUCUCUAUUCUUUUUUUAUUUUACUGG